AAAAGCAUGCCUUCCCCUGGAGACCGGAGGGACCGGUACGCUACAGACGAGGAGAAGAAUAAGCGCACGGAGCAGGUGUUGCGCCUGCCCUUCAGCGUGGACGCGCUCAUGUCCGACACGACACUGCAUGCGACCGACAGGAAAGCUCAAAAUCACUCGCACAGGCCGGAGGAGUUUCCUCAACAUUUAGUGGGCCUAUCUAUGAAAUCAGAACCAUCGGGAAGAGGGGACUGUGUGUCCUGGAUACCCAGCCCCAUUAAGAUGUCAACACCACAGCGGCAGCUCAGUCCAGCAGUUUGCUCCUUGAGGAAGCACAAAACCAACCGCAAGCCUCGCACUCCCUUCACCACUGCGCAGCUCCUGGCCCUGGAGAGAAGGUUUCGUCAGAAGCAGUACCUCUCCAUCGCAGAACGGGCCGAGUUCUCCUCCUCGCUCUCACUGUCCGAGACCCAGGUCAAGAUCUGGUUCCAAAACCGACGAGCUAAAGCUAAAAGGCUUCAGGAGGCCGACGUGGAGAAACUCAAAAUAGCGGCUGGCAUUGGGCCCAAAGCCUUAUUCCCCCCAGGCUUCUCGUCCUUAGGUUUUCCCCUCAGUGUUCACCUGCAGGCUGGACCAGCAGCUCUCUACGGACUGGCCUGCUCAUACGGCCGUGGCCCCAUUCUCCCUGCUGCACAUCUGUACGCCUCGCAGCUUGGCCACAGCCUGUACCACCGCUCCUGA